GGUGCAAGGGACAAGGCGGGGGUGUCAGUGUUUGGGGUAUCAGUGCAGGGAUGGGGUGUUUGGGAGCCACUGAGCACUGUGCAUGGUGUGGGGUACCGGGGCUUCCACCAGCGCCCUCCCUGGGGCAAUUUGGGGGUGCAGCAGCCCCGGGGGGAGCACCCCCGCCCUGCGGCCGUGGCCCAGAGCCUCCCCGCAGUGACGGGUCACGCUGCGGCCACCAGCAGCUCCAGGCUCGGGGCGGCCUCCAGCUUUUUCUGAGUCAUCCCAUGCUGGGCGAGAGCCGCCCCGAGCGCUGGAGGGGGGGCCCCGAGAUACUGCCCCCUCCGCCUUGCACCCCACGAGGGAGCAGGACUCUAGUCCCUCAUUGCACAAACACACGUGGCUGUGGAGUAGAUGUGCCAGCCCCCAACCCUCUGGGUGCUGGCAUCACCCAGGGCAUCCCUUGGGCACCCCUUGGGCACCCCUUUCCUUCCUCCUCCUCCCCCGAGGAUGAGGAUGGGUCUGGGCUGUCCUGUGGGAGUGGGGCGCUUUGCUAGGAGACCGCUGUAUGUUUGGGGGGCGUUUUCCUCCCGCCCUGGAGACCGGGGCAGCUGUUUUUCAUCUGGGCUGCCUUUCCCUUGGCCCUGGCAGCUGGUGUAGCCUCAAGGGCGAGGGAGCUCCUGCCUGCUCCACACCGGGCAGUGGGGACAACCGGGCACCCCCAAAACACGGUUCCCUGCCCCACCGAGGGCAUCGGGGCCAGCCGGGGGGAGUGCAGUGGGGAGAAUGCAUCGAGGGCUGGCGGGGGCAAGUGGAUGGAGAUGUCAUUGCCGAGGAAUUCAGCCUGGGCGGAGGAGAGAAAGGGAGGGAGAGGAAGAGCCAGGCACACCAGGCACGGGGGCCAGGCCCUGUGGCCCCCCCUCAAGCUCAUGCUCUGCCCGCGGGUCCCUUCAGUCAGCCCCAGCCCCCCCAUCAGACCCCCAGGGAGCUGGUCUCCCCUUCCCUUCCCUGGUUUCCAGGGAAAUCCAGAUGUUUGGGCGCAGCUCCGGCAUUGCUCAGCCUCGCUGCCCUGCCAGAUGUUUCCUCUCCCCCCGGGCAGGGGUGUGUGCUCCCCAGCUAGGGACACCGGGGAGGGGGGACGGUGCUCCCCCCUUGCCAGCAUCACUGCAGGGGCUUCUCCCAUGUCCCCUGUAACACACAUGGAACCGGUGGGCUCCUUCCCCUGCCUGCCCUCGCCUCCCCUGGGGGCUGCUGCUGGUUUUGGGGGUGUGUUACACCCCCACCAGCCCGGAGCGAUGCGGGAUGCAGGGCAUGGGGACACCGGGGUCACCUGGGGAGCCACGGGGCAGCGUCACAGCUGGUGUGGCUCCACUGGGGUUGUCCCUCUUCCAAAUGGCAGGAGGGUGAUGAGGGCGGGAGGCUGGGAGCGACGUGGGGGAGGCAGUGGGUUUCGACAGUGGGUCUGCGAUGUUUCAUCCCAGCUGGGAGCAGGGAGCGGAGCCCGGAGUGCCGGAGCAGAGCAACACAAACCACUUCCAGAUGCACGGCAGAAGGAGCUGGGGGGAGGCGGGCAGCGACCCGGGGGGACCGGGGGCAUCUGCCCGCUCCUGCGGUGGCAGCCGGGGGUGCCCAGGAUGAGGGGGCUCUGUAGCUGCAGGGUGAGGGGUAUGCGUGGUCCUGUUCUGCCUCCUGCUCCUCCAGCACAGCAGGGAACACCUGCACAGACCCAGAGUUGAUGGGACCUUCUCUAUGUGCCCGGAGCCCUUUGGGUCUCCCCCAUCUCUGGGGACCGUGGGAUGGGGACAAUGCUGCCCCAUCCCACUGCAGGACUGAGGAGGCACAAAGCAGCUUCUUGUCCCAUUCCAUCCCUGGCACAGCGGGGUUGUGGUCCCCAGUCUGCCCUCGAAUGAAUGCUCAGCAUUUUCUUCAUGCCUGGAGCAGCCUUCAUCAGCUGCUCCCAUGUGCUAUACCUCCUCCUCCUCAUCAUCAUCCUCCUCCUCCGCCCCAGCAUGGAGGAGCAGCACGUUGGGCUGCCCAGCGCAUCCCCUCGCCCAACCGGGAACAAACCCGCUCUGUGAGUGCACACAGAGGGGCCUUCAGCGGUGCCCGUCCCCCCUCCUCAUCCUCCCCCGGCACCCCAAGCCCAUCAAUAGUAGGAUUGUGCGGAGCUGGGGCAGGUGCCCGGAGUGGGGGCACAGGGCACGUAACCCCCACGUCUGCUCAGCAUCAGAGAGCCCCCCAGCCCUGCCCAGCGUGGCAGGGGACAGGCAUCCCUGGCAGGGUGCGGUGGCACAUCCCUGUCCCCUGCAGACCUGGACAAGCUGCUGUCGGACCUGCGGUCCUUCCUGCUCAUCCUGGACCGGGAGAGCCUCAGCGCUGCGGCUCGGGCCAAGAAGAAGUCGGUGGCUGAUCUCCUGUCGCGGCUGCAGAGCCCCUCGUAGGAUGCAGAGUACAUGAUCAUGCGCUGCCUCUCGCCCUCCCCGGGGACCCCGCAGGGCCGGGCCAGCUCAGGAACCAGGACAGGGGAUGCAGCGGGAGGGAGAGCCUGCGAGUGCCGCCCAGCCAGCACCCUGAGCCUGCACGGAGGGAGCAAGGUGCUGCGUGUCCCGCCCUCCCCACCAGCCGACAACUCCUAUGAAGAUGCCGAACCCCUCAGUUCCAGCAGAUGCACCGGCUCUGGCGGCACCGACACCGACAGCAGCCACUACGAGUCUUACGAGGAGGAUGAGGAUGGUGUGACCGACCGUGCCCACUACCUGCGGCGACCACUAGAUGCCGAGCCCCCCGGCCCCCCCGAGGCGCAGCUCUGCGGGUUCCUCUGGAGGAAGCGCUGGCUGGGGCGGUGGGCGAAGCAGCUUUUCAUUGUCCGGGAGCAUGUGCUGCUGGGCUUCAGGUGUGCUGCUGACCCUCAGCCUGUACUGGAGCUGGACCUGCGUGGCUGCCGCGUCACCUACAAAGCCAAGCGCGGCAAGAAGAUGCCACACGCCCUGAAGGUGACAGGGACGGCGGGUGAGAUGCUGGUCAUCGGCUUCCAGAGCCGGCAGCAGGCUGAGGACUGGAGGAAGGUGAUUGAAGAGGUGAGCAGCAAUGCCCCGAGCGGGCUGGCAGCCAUCAGUGUCCCAGCGUCACCCUCCACAAGGCUCAGCAGGGCUGCCAGGUCCCAGCUUUUCAAGGAAGAGGAGGAGGAUUGCUCGCAGCAGAGCGCUGCCCGCAGCCCCCGGCCUGGCGAGGAUGCUAAAGGAGGGUUCCUGGCGGUGCGGCUGCGGGGCCGCUGGCAGCGGCUGUGGUGCGCGGUGCGGCAGGGAGCCCUGCGCAUGUUCCCCGAGCCCGGCGCUGCCCAGCACCCCGUCUGCGCCCUGCGCCUGGACGGCUGCCAGGUCCACCCGGGAGCGGCUGCGGGCUCCCCCCAGCACCUCCGCAUCCGCAUCGCCCAGCGGGGCCGGGAGCUGGCCCUGCUGCAGACCCGUUCGGAUGAGGAGAGGGAAGCCUGGCUGAAGACCCUGCGGGCCAGGGGAGGAGAGGAGCCAGCCAGUGACAGCCCCUGCACUGACACCCCCAAGCUGGGCGAUGCCAGCAGCUGCACCACUGCAGGGGGGCUGCUGCUGCGCCGUGUCCCGGCCCCCAACGCCUACAUGGAUGACCCAUUCAGGCAGCACCCGCCAGCCGAAGCCCCCAAGCAUCUCUACUCCAACAUGGAGCGGCUACAGCAGCUGCAGCAGAGCUUGGACCGAGCAGCACACGGGCAGCGCAAGAGACCCGUGUCCGCGGUGCCCACCGGUGCCGGCAGCAGCGCCCUGCCUGCGCAGGCAGCAUCAGCAGCAGCAAUCCGGGGCAAGGAUCUCUCCCGGUCCCAACGCACCCUGACGCUGCCCGAGAGGAAAGGGACUCGGGAUGGGCUGGAUAUCCUCAUCGGGAAGAGAGCUUUCCCCAAGCUGGAGGAGAAGGUGGGGCAGCUGGAGAGGGCCUGCCGCGUGAAGGGCAGGCUGAAAGCCGGCUCCGAGAUGAACCUGCUGGCCAUUGGCAAGUCCCUGAAGGGCCACAUUGCUGCCACCGCCAGCUCGGCUGGCUCCGAGGGUUCGUUCCUCACGCCGCUGUUGAAGCGCACCAUGUCGGCCAAGAGCGCCCUGAAGCCAACUCCAUCCCCAGCCAUCGUGGAGAAGGGCAGCGUGCUGCAGAAGAGAAAGGAGUGGGAGAUGAAGGCUGCAAUGUGACCAGAGCUAUGGCAUCCCCGUGUUGGACCGGGCAUCUCUCAGCAGAACAGGCUGCACGUGGAUCGUGCAGGACCAGCCUGGUAUCUGGGUUUUUUAACCAUCAGUAUCGAUACUACACCUACACACAUCUAUUUUUUAUAUCUAUAUCUAUAUUAAAAUACAUAUAAACUCUC